GUUCGGUGGGCAGCGGCGGCGGACGCAUACCAGGUACUCUUUAUAUAAGGAGAACUUACGAAACCGUUAACACAUUCUGACUACGGCCUGUCCAGGAAACUACAUUACCUUUUAUCAAGAUGCUGCUGUUACUGGUCUUCAGUGCCGCUUGUCUGGUGCAAACACUAACAGCAAGUCCUUAUUAUGGUAGCCAGCCAAACCAACCGAGUGCGCAAGUUGUACGACAUGAAUACGACACAGCAAACAUGCCUAAUUCCUAUAAUUUUUAUUAUGAUGCAAAUGAUGGGUCAUCCAGAACUGAAAGGGGAGCUAUUCUGAAUCUGGGAUCAGAUGAUGCUGCCCUUGACGUCAAUGGAGCAGUUCGCUGGUACGACAAUAAGGGGCAGUUGUACGAAAUGACGUAUAAAGCUGGCAAGAGGGGCUACAGGACCAUAAUUAAGAAAGUGUCAUAACAUUGUAUGUAAGAAGUGAAUAUGAUAGGGAUAUAUAGUAAACUAAUGCAAAGAAUUGACUUUAACAAAAGACUGUCUGGAUUCGAUUGAAAAAAGCGAUCGGAUCUUGUAACUUAUGUAUAUUGUCACUGGAAGUCAUCAUAUCUCUUGUAUUUCAUUAAGUUUUUAUUUAAAUUAAUUUAUUAAAUUAUUGAAUGAACAAUUUUUUUUAUUU